AUGGACCCUCAAAAACUUCCGGCGUAUCCCCCGUUGGCUACCGUUGAGCAAAUCAUCCUCAACGAGAAACGGGGAAACUGCGUCCCCGUCUAUGUCGAACUUCCUGGCGAUCUUCUCACACCAUGCGUGGCCUACUUGCGGAUAGCGAAGGACUCGAAGUAUAGUUUCUUGCUGGAGUCGGUUGUUGCAGGAGAGAAUCUCGCGCGGUAUAGCUUCAUUGGAGCCGAUCCUUUCAAGAUCAUAAAGACAGGUCCCAAUGAAGAGAUUACGGGAGAUCCUAUGGCAGCGUUGCAGAAAGAACUCGCGCUAUACAAUUACGUGAAGCUACCUGAAGUACCGACAUUCACUGGCGGUGCCAUCGGAUACGUUGCAUACGACUGCAUCCAACACUUUGAGCCCAAGACCAAGCGUCCGUUGAGCGAUCCAUUGGGAAUACCCGAAGCGGUGUUCAUGCUGGUCGACACACUCCUCAUCUACGACCAUCUGUUCCAGACAGUGAAGGUUGUUUCACACCUCUUCUGCCCGGGGAACACAGGAGCUGUCAACCUGUCCUUCAUCUAUCAGACUGCAGUCGCGAAGGCUCGUAGGCUAGCCAAGAUGGUCCUUGUCCCUGUGACCCCGGAAGUGCCUCAAGGUCCCAUUGUUCUCGGAGCAGAAGCUAUCUCGAACGUGGGCAAGGCCGGUUAUGAAGGGUUCGUCGCGGCGUUAAAGCAGCAUAUCGUCGCCGGGGACAUAAUUCAAGCCGUGCCGUCCCAGCGGCUCGCCCGGCCAACGACCUUGCAUCCCUUCAACGCAUAUCGACAGCUGCGACGGGUGAAUCCCAGCCCUUACAUGUUCUAUGUCGACUGCGGCGACUUUCAGAUAGUAGGUGCAAGCCCCGAAACGCUUUGCAAAGUCGAGAAGAACAAGGUAUUCAACCAUGCCAUUGCGGGGACAAUUCGCAGGGGAAAAACGGUCGAAGAGGACGAGAAGCUUGGUGCGGAGCUGUUGGCGUCCGAGAAAGAUAGGGCCGAGCAUAUCAUGCUGGUGGAUCUGGCGAGGAACGAUGUCAAUCGGGUCUGCCAACCCAAGACGGUCAAAGUUGACCACUUGAUGCGACUGGAGAACUUCAGCCAUGUCACGCAUUUGACCUCGCAAGUCUCUGGACAAUUGCGCGAGGGCAAGACAAGGUUUGACGCAUUUAGAUCCAUCUUCCCGGCGGGAACUGUCUCCGGAGCUCCCAAAAUUAAAGCAGUUGAGCUUGUCUAUGAGCUAGAGCAACAACGACGUGGUGUUUACGCUGGCGCAGUUGGACGAUUUGACUUCGCGGAUGACGAAAUGGAUACGUGCAUUGCCAUUCGAACGAUGGUGUUUAAGGAUGGCGUGGCAUAUUUGCAAGCCGGAGGAGGCAUUGUCUUCGAUAGCGUGGAGGAAGAUGAGUACGUCGAGACCAUCAACAAGCUUAAAGGGAACGUUCGAGCGCUCGAACAAGCUGAGAGUCAGUCGUUUCCCGUUACCCGUUGA